CUCCGAUUGCUACUUUCCCUCCGAGCUCAACAUGGGACCACCCCGACAAGGGUCCUCCCAAAAGGCCCCCAGAGGAAAGAAGAAGCCGUCUCAGACGCCUCGACGAACCAAUCAGGGCAAAUCUGCCCCGAAAGAGAAGGAAGAGAGCUUGAUUGAUCUCUCCGCCACCAUCCCAUUCACUCUGCAACAAUUACUGCUGAAUGUAUUUAAAUCGGCAUUGUUGACCACAACCGGUCCCACCAACUCUGAGCCCCGCCAACUCGACACCAAAACCCUUAUCCAGACCAUCAAAUCCCACCUGUACAACCGGGACUUCGACUCCGCCUUCACCGACGCCAGCGGCGACCUGCUCCGGGCCUACGCCCUGCGCUGGAGCUCGACGCGAGCCCUGGGCUACGCGGGCAUCUUCAAGGCGCUGUUCAAGGAUGUCCUGGAAUCUCCCCAGGCGAGCCACGCCGUGAACCGGCAUGUCGUCUGUAUCGGCGGCGGUGCCGGCGCCGAGAUCGUCGCUCUGGCAGCCAUUUGGCGAGACCUGUUGGACGAGAGCGAGAGCGAUCAGAAGGCACUGGUCGACGGAGUCGCCAACGCCUCUCUUAAUGAUGAAACUCCCAACGGAGAAACUGCGCCACCCUGCUCGUCUGAUCAAGACCAACUGUCGACUUCCCCGGCGCCCCUUACCACGAGCUCACGGCCAGCUCUCACCGUCACGGCCGUCGAUAUCGCCGACUGGUCGGCCGUCGUGGAUUCACUGGCGUCGACGAUCGCGUCGUCAGACGUACGCGGGUCCAAAAGCCACGCGGCUCCCCUGGUCGAUCCAUCCAGGGGCUGUUUCACGGUGCGGGCUAGACGCUCCGACGUGCUUUCCCUUCCGGACGACCAGCUCAGGGAGCUAUUGCACCUCCCUGCGUCGGCGCCUCAGCCCGAGGGAGAAACCCCCGCCACCGUCCUGGUGACGUUGAUGUUCACGCUGAACGAACUCUUCUCGACCUCCAUGGCCAAAGCUACGGGGUUCUUGCUCCGCAUGACGGAUCUCCUGCAGCCCGGUACCGUGCUUCUAGUCGUCGAUAGCCCUGGCAGCUACUCGACGUUGAAGUUGGGGAAGGGGAAUAAUAAGAACUCCGCUUCUUCCGGUGCCGAAGCGGAGGCUGCGGCUUCAGCGCCGCAGGAGAGAAGUUACCCGAUGAAGUUCCUGCUGGACCAUGCGCUGCUGUCGGUGGCGCAGGGGAAAUGGGAACGGGUUUUCUCGCAGGAUUCCCGAUGGUGGAGGAGAGAUGCAGCCAGGCUGAGCUAUGACGUUGGAGAGGGCGCUGGCCUGGAGGAUAUGCGAUUCCAGGUUCAUAUUUAUCGACGACUGGGUGAGUAAGUGGUAUAUCCAACUUUUCUUCUGGUUUGCUAUUUUGGAUAUAAGUUGGAUUUAUGAGAGGAUUGAUAGACCAUCAUGUCGGGAUGCUGGUUGAGGAUGAUGAUCUGUUUUGCACGAUAUACGAGAUUUUUGGAUGCUUUCUCUAUAUUAUUAUAUAUAUA